AACUAACUGGUCUUGCCUUGUUUGGCUCUUUAACACCAGCUUAUCAAUCUUUAUACCAUCAUGUUUAGAGGAUAUUUGUGUUUAAAUGUGAGUAUUUUAUAGAAUUGGGCAUUGUAGGUAUUUUUAGAGCAAAUGAGUGGUGUCCAAGAUCUGUUUGUACACCCCACCGCUAGGCUUCUCUUUAGCCUAUCUAUUAUCUCCACCGUCAUCUCUAUCUAUUUAGCUCCCCGUUGUGCUUACGUCACAGCCCGGAAGCAGGGAGCUGCUUUGUUUUGGUAGUAGGAGUUGGAGAGAACGGACAGACAAGAAGGCAGAGGUCCGCGCGGAGCACACCCUUUCACUAAAUGGGGAGAGCUACACCGGGGAUGGAAGAUGAAGGACCGAUAGCCGACGACUUUAAGAUGCCGAGUUUUAUCAGUAACUUUGAAGAAGGCAGGCUGAAAUCGUCCCGCAACCUGCACACGGAAACUUCCUUCACCGACUGUAAAGUUGGAGAUUUGAACCGGGGCGUCAUCCGAUCCAGUUCUAGGCUGUCGCUCGACGGAAGCGACGGGAUCGCGAGGCAGAGGAGCGGCGAGGAAGAGAAGGAUGCGGAGGGCAACAUCAACAACAACUGCAACGGCGGCGAUGGAGGAAGAGCGAGGCGGAGGGCGAGCGCUGUCGAGCUUCUGAGGAUACAUUUCGGGGAUUCAAAGUCACCAUCCUUUCAUUUGAGUACAAAAAGUCGGAUGCAGUUUGGAGCCGAACACGGAACCGACGAAGGAAGCGGUAAAAACGGCCCGAAGGGCGGAAAUGGAGCAGAAUGUAGCGAGUGUUUGAAGUCGGACGCAGAAACGGGAGGGCCGGGAACUAAAAACGAGCCAACCUUGAGUGAGUUGGCGACUUCAAGCGUUCAGGGAGUAGAGAAACUACCGGUCACUGACGAGCGUCAUCAUAAAGAGGACGAUAAUGGCAACUCGACUUUGGGUGACUCUUUUCGUCUAAAAAAAGAACACGUCUUCUGCACUGUUUACUGCAUCGCCAACGACAGCCUCCGAUCAGACGCCGAGAUCACAGACGGGGUCACAUCAGAAGCAGCAGAAAAUGAGUCGGGUGAGGUGGAGAGUUCCGAGCUGGAGCUGUUCUCGCUGGGCGACCUGGUGGACCCGAUGGGGCACGCUUCAGACCGCCAGCACAGGGAGCAGUCCGAUGAUGAGAGUGACGCGUGCUGCCGGGUGUGCCUGGAGGAGAAAACCAUCGCCUCCCUGCCCUGCUGCAGGAGGACCGCGUGCGCCGACUGUUUAAAACUCUACGUCAGCACCCAGUUGAAGCCGGGUAAAGUUGUCAUCCGCUGUCCGAUCUUCGGGUGUAGGGGUACUCUGGAGGAGGGAUUGGUGAUUUCACUUUUGACCAGCGAAGAAGUGGCGAAGUACCACUACUUUGUGGAGUUGAGUCAGCUGGAUUCGAGCACAAAACCCUGCCCCCAGUGCAGCCAUUUCACGUCUCUGAAGACACUCGACCAGAACAACUCUGAGCACAAAUACAAGAUCCAGUGUAGCAGUUGCCAGUUUGUGUGGUGCUUUAGAUGCCACGCGCCCUGGCAUGAUGGGCUGAAAUGUCGCGACUACAGGAAAGCAGACAAGCUGCUGCGAACCUGGGCGAGCGUCAUCGAGCACGGACAGAGGAACGCUCAGAAAUGUCCACAGUGCAAGAUCCAUAUUCAGCGUAUAGAUGGCUGUGAUCACAUGACCUGCACACAGUGUAACACCAACUUCUGUUACCGCUGUGGGGAGCGUUACAGACACCUGAGGUUUUUCGGGGACCACACAUCCAACCUCAGCGUGUUUGGCUGCAAGUAUCGUUACCUCCCCGACAAACCUCACCUCCGUAGGCUAAUUCGAGGUUCUGUCUGUGCCUCCAAGGUGCUGAUAGCUCCAGUGGUCCUUCUGCUGGUCAUAGUGCUGGGAGCUCUCGCUCUGGUGAUAGGUUUGGUUGCGUUUCCGGUCUACUACGCGUGCAAGAGGAGAAAGAAGCAGCAGCAGCAGCACACCCAAGGCUCUGGACGGUGGAUCUGACCUCCUCCGACUCCAGAACCACGCUCACUCAGCGAAAAAAGACGACACCCACGUCUCCUCAGGGACGCCCCAUGCCAGCCCGAGACAACUCCUCAGAGGGUCGGAGACUGUGUAGACACACCUUUGAUGUUUGCACAUUAUGACGUAGUUUAUUUAUUCUGCAUGGGACCGCUUUAGGGCACAGAGCGCUUUAGUGAGAGGCUGAAAGACGGGAAAAGAUCGGACUUUGAUUUUAUUAAGCUGAACAUUGAAGCAGCCGUGUCGAGUGGCGCUCGUCGCUUUGAGGAGUUUUUGAUUUGCUUUAAGUCCUCCGUCAGCUAAAGCACACUCCUGCUAGCCAACACUUGAUGUAGACUCUUUCUCAUUUCUGAUUUGUCACGUUUAUUGACAGAACCAAACUGCGGGUUUAUUUUAGCUCUUUAGGAGGCAUCAGUAAGUAAGUAAGAGUUUAUUUAUAGAGCGCCUUUCGCAGAUAUGAAUCACAAAGCGCUGUACAACAUGAGUAAAAUUAGGGCAAAUACCUCAAACUGAUAACAACAGAUCUUAAAAAACAAUAGCAGUGACAACAAUAGUAAACAAAAUCAGGAGUAAAAACAAAGUCAAGGCGUGAACAAAGACAAUCAGAAUCAGAAAAGGUUUAUUGCCAUUGUUAGUGAACAAACGAUUCACAAACUAGGAACUUGCUUCGGUACUAACGUGCUACAUAUGACAUGAAUAAUAUAAUAAAAAAAUAGAAUAAAAUAUAAUAAACUAGCAUAAAACUUUGCUAUAAAAAAUGUCAGGUAAAGGUAAUAUGGCCGAUAACGUGACGUUAUGUCAAGUACCGAAGACGGGCAUGGUUGUGUGUUUAUAAGCUGUUCACAAGUCUAACGGCAGAUGGAAAGAAGCUGUUCUUAUGGCGAGAGGUUCUGGUCUGGAUGGACCGUAACCUCCUGCCUGAGGGAAGCGGCUCAAAAAGUCUGUGACCCGGGUGAGAAGGGUCAGCUGCUAUCCGACCUGCACGCCCCCGAGUUCUGGAGACGUACAGGUCCUGGAGAGAUGGAAGGCUGCAGCCAAUCACCUUCUCAGCAGAGCGCACAAUGCGCUGCAGUCUGUGUUUGUCCCUCACUGUGGCUCCAGCGUACCACACAGCGAUGGAGGAGGUGAGGAUGGACUCAAUGAUGGCCGUGUAAAACUGACCAUCAUCUGGGCCGGCAGCUUGGCCUUUUUCAACUGCCGCAGAAAGUACAUCCUCUGCUGGGCCUUUUUGAUCUGGGAGCUGAUGGAUGACUCCCACCUAAGGUCAUGUGUGAUGGUGGUUCCGAGGAAGCGGAAGGAGUCCACAGUGGUGACGGGGGUGUCCAUCAGGACGAGGGGGAGAGACAAAGCCAUCUUUCUGAAUAUUUAGCAGGGGAGGACCGCCUGGAUGAAAAUGUGAGUUUUUAAAUGUUUUUUGAAGACCUCUACAGUUUUGGAGGCAGACUGUUCCAAAGUCUGGGUGCAAUAGUCUGAAAGGCCCUGUCCCCUUUGGUUUUCAGUGUGGUUCGAGGAACAGCCAGGAGGUUUUCAGAUGUGGAUCUAAGGUUCCGAGAGGUGGUGUGUGGGGAUAAAAGCUCAGAUAGGUAGCUUGGAGCCUGGUUGUUAAGAGCUCUAUAGGUCAGGACUAAAACUUUAAACUGUAUUCUAUAUUCUACCGGGAGCCAGUGGAGGGACUGUAAACCUGGAGUGAUGUGAGCUCGUCUGCUGGAUUUGGUUAGGAAUCUGGCUGCUGCAUUUUGGAUGGCUUGAAGGCGUGAGAGGGAGGUUUUGCUGAGACCAGUAAAAAGAGCAUUACAGUAGUCUAAGCGUGAUGACACAAAGGCAUGGAUGAUUUUUUCCAGAUCUGCAGUAGAAACCAGUUUACGGACUUUUGAAAUGUUUCUCAGGUGAAAGAAACAAGAGCGGGAGAUGGUUUUGACGUGUGAGUCUAAACUUAAAGCUGGAUCAAAAAUAACUCCUAGGUUUCUAAUGUUGGCAUUGGCUGAUGGGCAAAAGGAGGCAAUUUCCUGCUCGAUUUUUGGCUGAAGUUGCGGGGGUGCAGCGAUCAGGGUCUCUGUCUUGUUAGCGUUGAGAACAAGAAAGUUGCUGGACAGCCAGUUACUGAUCUGGGUCAGGCAGAGUACAAGGGUGGCCAGCCUGUCCAACUGGUGUUGCAUGAAGAACAUAUAGAGCUGAAUAUCGUCAGCGUAGAUGUGGUAGGAGAUGUCUGGGAAAGACUGAAUGAUGCCAGCUAGGGGAAGAAUAUAAAGCGUGAAUAGUAGAGGCCCUAGAACUAAACCUUGUGGGACCCCGCAGGUUAAGAGAGGCGGUGUCUGAUGAAAAGGUUUCUGACUUCACUGCAAAUGUUCUGUUGGCAUCGAUCUGCACUGGUUAGACGCUGAUGCAAACGGCUUUAAAGGUGCUUUAGUUGCUACGGAAACAGACAGUAAUCACAAGGCCUCGUGGGUGGAAAAUAUCAGACCUAUAAAGGAACAAUUCUCCCUUUUGUGGUUAUUGUUGGUGCUGGAAGAAUUUGGCGUUCGACGCCACAUUUAUAAAACAAGCCAUAACGGAGAAAUGAAUUGAUUUCUCAUCCUGCUGAAGGAGACUCGGGUCUUGUUUGUUGAAAGUUUCCACUGAAAUGUGAGACACUCUGGAGAAACUCAUCUGAAAAGGGCGCGCGACACCCGACACUAACCUGAAUCUCAGAUUUUUGAUAGAAGGUUUGAAAACUGGGUGUGUGCCCGGAGUCGACGGUGACACGUGGGUUUCAAAAACAAACACACACGUAGAGAUUAAACUGGGAGACACCAAAAUAAAAUGGCUUAAUUAGCUAAAACCACCUGUUGUUUUGGGUUUUUGCUCUUCUCGGUUCCCGUCUACCUCCGUAGUCUCGUUCUUUGUUGUUCACAUGUUGUUCAGGCUCCACCCACAUGCGGUGUCAUCAGAAGGUAAAGCGAAAGCUGCUGUGCCAAAAUAAAAUGCUUUUGGAACUCAUUUCUUUCUAUGGCUGCUGCAGGCUAAGCCGAGCUUAACAAACACUUUUACAUAGAUGUUAACGUCAGUUUAACUUUACUUACUUUAAAUUAUUUGAGAUAAAUAGGAAUUAGGCAAAAAUGGUUUCGGCAGCUGAACAAAAAAAAAAUUGGCAUCGGCCCUCAAAAUCAAAAUCAGUGCAUCUCUUAUUAAUUCUGUCUUAUUUUAUUUGCAGUUUGGUCUCCAACCAAAGUUUUCUCGCAUUGCGAGUUUCAGACUCCGCUAAUCUAAUUAAAAAAUUAAUGGUAUUUUUUUAACGACCUUGCAACUUUGGAGACAUUUGGAAAUGUUCUCCGUUUGUCCCAAACAUUCACAUCCCAGGGAGACUCCGUCUCCACGGUGACACAAGAAGAAGAGCACAUUUGGAGCUCGGCCAGCAAGAGAUUUUCUAAAGGUCACCGCCUGGCGUCAGCCGUCUGUCCUCCUCUCACCCUGCUUUUCUUCCCGUUUUAAUUAUUUAUAUUUUACCAACUGAGUAAUUUGGUGAUAUUUGUGGGCGCUGCGCUGAGCUUCACAUGUUCCUUCAAAAUGCUAGAUUUCCCAAUCAGCCACGUGUUUGUUUUUUAUGUUGAUCCUACCGAUCUGCUUGUGUUUCAGCGCUCGUGCGCUACAGGUUUACGUUUCAGUUGAGAGGUAUAGAAAACCAGAUCUGCGCUGACAAGAUGAUACGUUUGCGGUUAAAUCUGAGCUACCAAUCAAGCUUCAUCCCGAGGAACCAAAACACCUGGAAAUGAACCCCAAAGUGUCCAAAACAAAGACGUUGAUUCUGUGGCUCUGCGGUGUUCUGACCGCGUUUGAGCCCUCUCUCAGGGGAUUAGAACCCAAAGCCCUUCCUCGACGAGCUGUGCCAAAGGAAUCGCUGAACACAGAUGGGGAAACGCUUCCUGAUGCAGAUGCCAGCUGCUGCCUAGCAACCGUGUGAAAUUCCAGGAAGAGAGUGAGAGCUGCAGACAAAAGCGCGUGGCCAGCUCUGACUGCGUUUCCUGGUCUGAACCCAGCUGGGUUGUGGAAACUGCUCAGCGGUCAAACCUGGGAUUUGGGAGUUACAACCUGCUUUAAAGUAGUUCAGUGGUUGCACAUUUUUAACUCGGCAACGCUGUCAUGUUUAAUGACUACUUUUUAUUGAGAUGUUGCAAAUGUUAUAACUGAAGUUGUCCUUAUUGGAGUCAAAUGACUAUCAGGGUUAAUGACUCAGGACCUCGCCCAUGGCUGAAACUGGUCUGAUUCAUCUGCUGCCAUAAAACUAAUCCAGUAACCAAAUGACUUCCUGCUGCCAUGCACGUCUGGAAUCAUUAAUUUAAAAAAAAAUAAUUAUGCAAAUGAAUCAGGCAAUGAUUUUCCCCUUUCUGACGAAUGUUUGUUUCUAUGACAACCCCGGUGAUAUCAGCAUAACCGGUGCCUUCACUGCGACUACAGAUCAGAUUACCAACCUGUGGUUCGGCGAACGUUUCAGUGCUCAUGAGAGGGGCUCAGCCUCUCACCGACCAGCCUUCAUCAAAGAAAGCCAUCAGCUGAUAUGAUUUAAAAAGCCAAAAAUGAGAGAAAACUGUACAGAACUACUGUUAAGUGUGUCUGAGGACAGAAGCGCGUUCAGGUUUUACGUCUUGAGAGUCCAGAAUGUAAACUGCACCCUUAAAGAUAAAAUGCUUAUUAAUUUGCACAUGUGAACGUGUCACUUUACUUUGGCUCAACACUCAUGAGCCGUGCCUCGAGGAUCAGACGGGAUUCAGGAAACUACACCGAGGGCUGUGCCUUACAGCAGAGGACGAUAGCGAGUUAUGGAGAAUAUAGCAGCUUUAGUUCUAUUUAGAAAUAAAGAAGACUGGAUUUAUCAGCACCUCGUGGUGGACUUUCACUCUUUUGAUGGGCAAAAUUGUUGAAAAAACCUGUAUGUGCAUAAUUUACCAACUUGUUUCCAAGUCUCUUACUGAGAAACGUUCAACCUUGCACCAAAUAAAGUUUUCUUUAAGCUGCUGCCGCUGUCAGAAAUACAUGCAAAUGUUACGGAUGGACACAAACACUGUUUUGUUUGAGAGAGUCUGGAGGAAAAUAAAUGGAAUUAAUGCUAA